CUACCACACACGACACCUGUGCUGCAGUGCUGCUGGCGGCGUGUUGAUGGGGUCGUUCUCCCUGCAGACGAAGGCCUCCGAGAAAUCCUGAGAGUUCUGCAGCACACCCAGCGCCCGGAACAUGCCAGGGCUGUGGGGGUCCGUACCAACACGCCUGUGGCCCCACAACACACACGCCACGCCAUGAUGGAUGGAUGGUGUCUCUGUGUGUGUGUGUGUUCGGGUGGGUGCGGGGGGUGCGGACCGUUUGAGAGUGGCGGGAGUGUACACGGAGCACCAUGUCUGCGCCCAUGAGACGUAGAAGAGCUGCUCGACUGUCAUGUCCAUAUCCGCCAGAGGCUUCACAGACGAGAAGUCGGCACCCAGCUUCUUCUUCAAUGCCCUGCAGACAGACAGACAGACAGACAGACGCACAGACAGUCCAUCAGUCAAUCGGCUUAUCGAUCCAUCUGCCGCCAACUCACUCACACACGCACUCACAGACUCACCUUUUCGCGAGUUGGAAUCCGCCGUUGUCGGCGAUGUUUUCUCCGAGGGUGAGGUUGCCGUUGAGCAUCAGCCCCGCCACCUCAGGAGUCUCGAACGAACCAUACUGCUGAACCAUGCACGACGUCGCGGUCUGGAACGCCGACUGAAGACACAUCCAUCACCGAGCAAUCCAUCCAUCCAUUAUGUGGAAGGGGGUAAGGAAAUGCCUGUCUCAGAUGGUGGCUGGGCUCACCGACCUCUGAUUUGUUUGUCCACCAUCUGCUGAGCCUGCCCUCGCCGUCGAACUGCGCCCCGGCGUCGUCGAAUGCGUGGGUGAGCUCGUGGCCCAUGACGGCCCCGACCGCGCCGUAGUUGAGUGCCUCGAGGGCCAGCUUGUGGGACGCGUCGAUGUCGUCGGCAAAACCACGCAUAAAGGGCGUUCGAAGGAUGCCACCCAGGAACACCUAAACACACACGCAGAGGAGACACACAGGGGGAUGGAUAGCAAUGACGUCGACCGCCUCGUUCGUCCACUGGCGGACUGACCAUUUCGUUGAGUGAUCUGGAGUAGUAGGCGUUGACAGUGGUGGGGGGCAUUCCCCAUAUGGUCUCGUCAGGCUCCUUGCCCAAAUCAGACAUGCCGUAUAGCGUCUGUUGGUUGGGGCAUUCAACCACACACACACACACACACACGCGCACACAUGGGACGCGACCAAUCGAAUGCGUGACGAGGGCAAAUGCCGUGCAUGUGAGUGAUGAUGCUUACGGAGGCGUGGUUGAGGUAUUCGCUGAGCUUGAAGAGGUCCGUGAAGGUGUCCUUCUUGUCCUCUGAUGGCUUGAGUGGCAGGUCGCCGUAGAACCUCCUGAAGUAGGAGGUGUAGCCCUUGGCCUCGUCCUCGUCGAGCAGCCAGUCGGGGUAGUCGAUCUUCUGGUUCAUGAUCCGCUCCUUCUCCAAGGCACCCUCCCUACACACACACACCACUUAUGUGUGUUUGGUUGAAAGGGGGGAGGUGUCUGUGGCGGCUGACUUGGUCUCGUCGUCCAUCCAUGAGAGCUCAUUGAGGUCGUCCCGGAAGGCCUCGCGCACACUCGAAAGCAUCUCCUCGGCUAUUUGCUGCGCGCACCACGACACAGCACAGCACACCAGCACACCACAUAGAGACACAGGCAGCUAGCACUGGUGCGCAUCCCUCGCUGCCACCCGUCCCGUGCGCCCAUUUAUUUACCUUGCUGUUUGGUGUUGAUUUCUUGAGGACAAACUCGCGUGCGAGCACCCAUCCGACGGUCGACUUGGUGGCGUCGACGCACUGCUUCCACCGCGGCUUGGGGUCGACGUCGUACAGCUUCUUCUCGAAGGAAUAGAACUCCUCACGGAAGUCCUUGCUGAGGUAGUCGGACCACCUGAUGGAUAGACGCGAUGUAUGUCAUCACACACAAGGGGUAUGCGUGUGUGCGCGCGCGUGUGUGUGAGUGGUCAGCGGUGCGUACGCUCUCAUGGUUCUGAGAAGGAAGUAGUCGUUCAUGGUGUCCCGAUCCGCCUCGGCCAUGAGCUUGUCGACGUUGGCGAAGUACUCGACAUUGUGGACCACCACCGUGCUGCCCAUCUUCAUGGCGCCCUCCGGCAGGUACCCCAUCUCCUCGUAAGACCCAAAAUACUUGGCCCAGUCGAAGUGGGGCAUCUUGUCCUGGAUCUGCUUCAAGCUCCGCUGGUUGGUCGUCGCAAUCGGGUCGCGCAGCAUCUCGGGCCCGAGGGUAAUCUUGUGCAGCUCCUUCUCAAGGGAAAGCACCUUCUCGGCCCGCUUCCUGUUCUCGCUGCUACUGUCGCUGUCGUCUGCUUGUGCGCGCCGCCUGAGUGCGUUGUGUUCCUGCUUGCGGGAGGCCGUCAUGACCUGGAUCUCGGAUGGGUCGGCGAUGUGUUUGUCGAUGAGGUCGAAGAGGUUGGUGAUGUGCUCCAGGUAGGGCUUCUCGGCGGCAUCGUCAUCGUAUUGCGAGUAAGAAAGGCCGAGACCAUCCUGUCAGAAGAAAAGAGAGAGAGAGACCGUGUCUACGUGUGUCUGAGGGUGGUGUCUCAGUGUGUCUACGGACCUGCCAGAGGUACAUUUGUUGUUUCUUGGUCUCAGCGAGUGGGUUCAUGGACGGCCCCACGGUGACAAAGGCCGACACGCCCCUCGCGUGCAGCCGCGCCAGCUGUUCCGCCAAGUCCCCCCGACCUUUCUCCGCUGAAUGAAAUGAAUCACCACACACAUCACACAACACAACACACUAUCCUGCCUGCGUUGUGUUGUGUGUGGGUGCUGUGCUCACUGUCGAAGUCUUUCGCCAUUGCCGGGGGAUUGAGGUCCCUUGCGGUGCGAUACUGUUCGAAAGCUGGGAGGGAUAGGAAAAAUGGGACCUCCCUCUCCAUGAAGUUCAGCAGGGGCGUCAUCCCCUUCCUGUCCAGCGUUGCCUCGUCCAUGCACGACUGACACACACACACACACACGAGGGGGCAAGCCGCAGACAGACAGACCGUUGCGUAAGAAAUGGCGACUCACACUACCUGUCCUGUGUGUGAGUAUAGCUGACUGACCUGGUGAUAGCAGUGCAUGAGCUGUGUCCACUGCUCAUCGCCCGUGACCUCCUUGUCGAAGGUGCACUUGGUGGCACCGUCGGCCUCCUCUAUCAGCUCCUGCAAGGCGUUGCGCGUGUCGUUGGCGAUCUGGGAGAACGACAGCGUCCACGACGACUGAUCGGCGGGUAGCUCGAAACUCUCAAGCCAGCUCCCACACGCGAAGUGAUACGGGUCCUGCAGACACAGGCGACACACCAACACGAGAACACACGGAACACACCCGUACAUCGCCCCCAAAUACACAGACACACUCGCACACAUCCCUCUGGCACAGGGGAAAGGUCCCUCUCACCGAACAAGGGUCGACGUUAGUGUCCAUGUGUUUUUUGAUGUCCCUUGCUAGCGCCCCGCAUUCCUGGGUAUCGCAUGGCUCGGCAGCGGCCGCGUGUGCGGCGAGGAGGACGGACACCAGACCCAGGAUGACGGAGAGCAUCGGGACACUUCGGAGAGGGGGUGGGGUGGGAGGGGGAAGAAAAGCGGGGUCGUCCUCUUCUUUCCUCCUCUUCUUUCCUUUCGUCCUCUUCUUUCCUUUCGUCCUCUUCUUUCCUUCUUCCUUCUCCCAACCUCACUCAAACGAAUUCGCC